GAGGUGGUCAUUGCGUCACUGGAUCCGUCAGGAGAGCAGCAGGGACAAUAUGUUUUGGUCGGACAGUUGAAGAUGUAACGUCUCCACACGUCGACUGCCGACCACAAAAUGUGACGGUGUCCGCGGUACAAGAAAAUUCCACCGGUGCGCGACAUGAAAGGGAAAUGUGAGGGACGGGUUUUUUUUUCUGUCCAUGUCAGUUACUUUAACGUUUUUAAAAGUGUCGCGCGACGUAGUGUAAAGCAGACUUAACUGCUCCUGCCAGUUGUUUGAAGAAGAUUUUUCGCUUUUCCUCGGGAUAUUUCCUUGCACUGGACGACUGAGGACACAUUCAUGAUGAAAUAUAAGCCCAACCAGACCAGGACGUACGACGGCGAGGGAUUCAAGAGAAGAGCGGCGUGUUUGUGCUUCAGAAACGAAAAAGAGGACGAGGUGCUGCUGGUGAGCAGCAGUCGACAUCCAGACCAAUGGAUCGUGCCUGGAGGGGGAAUGGAGCCAGAGGAGGAGCCGUGUGGGACUGCUGUCAGGGAGGUGUUUGAGGAGGCGGGUGUUAAGGGGAAGCUUGGCAGACUGCUUGGGAUUUUUGAGUAUAAUCAGGACAGAAAGCACAGGACAUACGUCUACACCCUCAUAGUGACAGAGACACUGGAGGACUGGGAGGAUUCAGUCAACAUUGGAAGAAAGAGGAAGUGGUUCCCGGUUGAUGAGGCCCUCAAAGUUCUGCAGCGCCACAAGCCUGUCCAUGCAGAAUACCUACGCCAACUCCCAAACACCUGCAGUCCAACCUGCAGUUCCGUGUGUGACCCCACUAACAACAACAACCUGAGCUCCCAAAUUACUGACAACAACCCUCCUCACUGUGAUUGCUCCACAGAGAGCACAGAUCAAGUGAACAGAUAGGAUCGUCAGCAGCCGUUCUUCUGAAAGGAUAUCUGGAAGACGUAUGCUCUGAAAAACACUAAUGGAGCCUCUUAAUAUGCACAGCAAAGACUUCUUAAAGUUGAUGUGAAACCACAUUGAAGUGGGCUUAAAGAGUGCCAAAGGUUUAUAAGUAUAUUUAAGAUUUUAUAUGUAUAUUUUUACCAACUGUCUCUGGUCCCAAAUCUAUUAGCUUUAGAUGGAUUUUUCUCUGUGUACUGCUUAUGGACUGUGAAGAUGUCUUACACGCUGAAUAAUUGACUGGCAGUACACACAAUGAUGGUUUGGUUUCCUGGAGGCCAGUACUUGUAAGUGGUGUCGCAGGGGGAGAGGGACUCCUAUCGGUCCUGAGGAUGAGCUUUAUGUACAUUAAUAUUUUUUUUGUGAACUGUUAUGAAGCCUGGGACGCAAAGUUGACUGUCACUUCACCACUGUCAGUUUACAGUAUCAUCAUGAAGUACUAGUAACACUGUAAUAAAGAUUUGAGGAAUGUUUGUAGCCACUGACCGGAAACAAAGCCUUAGAUAGUCCUGCUUCAUUAUCUUUUUGUUUGUUCAUAUUGUUAAUGUUGUCAGGCUGACUUUUACAUUUAGCUUGAGACUUAAAUGACAGCUUGUGCAGAGUAGAACAGAGCCUCAGUCAAGUAAUCAAAACAAAAAAUCACAGUUGAAAGGACAUAUUAAAUAAAAAAAAUAUGUGUCUUCUGCAGAUGCUAUAAUUAUGAACUCUGCCCAGUUUUAUUUUCAGCUAUGCUUGUCUGUUUAGCAGCUUAACUCAAAAAAGUAAAGGAUCCUCAGGUUUUAGAGGAGGGUUAUAAUGUGUUGUGCUACAAUAUAAUUCUUCUAAGUGCCUUCAAACACAAUAGUUAGGUUUUAUGUACAGUAUACAUCCUGCAGCACUGACCGGAAGCAGUGUACAAUGUUGAAACCAACCCUAUUUUAUUUUUCAGCAUUGGAUAAGUGUGAACUAUUUAAGUUUAUUUAAGGACAUUUCAUGUUAUAAUUUAGUACAUACCAACAAAUAAUUAAUUCACGUUUCAUGGGAUAAUAUCCUCUCCUAUUGUUAGAAACAAUGAACUGUCAGUUACAAAGCCUGAUCCUUAUUUGGUCAAACAUUUUAUGGUCAACAAUUUAUAAUUCCAGUUUAUUUACUCAGAGUGCUUCUUGUUCUGUGGAGCAUGGGGAGUAUCAUGCAUUGAUUUCUAUUUGUGCACGUGGCUGUAAUAUUCUACUGUCCAUCACUGUGUUGUAUAUAAUUCCUUUUAAAUAAACUGUUUAUUGACCAUUA